UAACCUAGGUGAUCCACUCGCCUCAGCCUCCCAGAGUGCUGGGAUUACAAGUGUGAGCCACCUCCUGGCCACACUGCUAGAAACCUUAAAAGCAUCUCCUUCGAUUCCAUGUCCACCUGCAGUGGACGGGUGGUGUGACUCCAUCUCACAGAGGAAGUGGAGUGUGGUCCAGGCAUGGGCCGGCAGGGUGACCAGCAGCCCCAGCAUCUGCCUGGCAUGGGAGCACCUGCCCGCCCGCCCUCGCCCAGCUCCGUGCUUUCUGGUCCUCAGGCUCUUCCCUUCCUCAUCUGCAGGUGGCUCAUUUCCCCUUUAAGAACAACAUGAGCUUUGUGGUCCUCAUCCCCACCCACUUUGACUGGAACGUGUCCCAGGUACUGGCCAACCUGAGUUGGGACACCCUGCACCAACCCUCGGUGUGGGAGAGGCCCACCAAGGUCUGGCUGCCUAAGCUGUAUCUGAAACACCAAAUGGACCUGGUGGCCACCCUCAGCCAGCUGGGCCUGCAGGAUCUGUUCCAGGCCCCGGACCUGCGUGGGAUCUCCGACCAGAGCCUGGUGGUGUCCAGUGUGCAGCACCAGUCCACGCUGGAGCUCGGCGAGGUCGGCGUGGAGGCGGCCGCGGCCACCAGCAUCGCCAUGUCCCGCAUGUCCGUGUCCUCCUUCAGCGUGAACCGCCCCUUCCUCUUCUUCAUCUUCGAGGACACCAUGGGCCUUCCCCUCUUCGUGGGCAGCGUGAGGAACCCCAACCCCAGUGCGCCGCGGGAGCCCAGGGAGCAGCAGGAUUCCCCGGCCAGCAAGGACUCCCGACCAGACCGGGACAAGUUCUUCGGCCCUGACUUGAAACUUGCGCCCCGCUUUGAGGAGGAUUACCCCCAGCUUCACAACCCCAAGUGAGGGGCCGUGGCCGCUGCGUCCAGUGUCCCGGCCUGGACCGGCCUCUCCACUCAUGUGCCUUUUUCGACCUGCUUUGUGGCACUGGGGCAGGGGCUGGGGGGCCCAGGGGGACAGUCUGAGAGAGGCCAUUCUUUCCUGACACCUCUUGGGGAGCUUGGGCUGGGAGCCGGGAGGAGGGCAGGCAUUGGAGGAUGAGAGGGAGCCCAGAGGUGUCCUGCACUGGGGUCUGGGUGGGAGGGAGGGAGGUGUGCUUCUGGAUCUCCCAGGAGACAGGUGAGCUGCCCCCCAGGUCAGCUGGGACACCCUACUUUUGUUUACCAGAGAGAAAGGGAGGGGAGAGGGCUGCCUCUGGGCUUGUCCUCCCAGGACAGGGCGAGGAGCGACAGGCCCUGGGGGUGGCUCGCUCCGUGUGGAGCGUGGGUCUCGCACAGCCUAACCUGCCCAGCGCUCCUCGGCCUCCACCCCACCCACGCCUGUGGCCCCAGGCUUCCCGCUGGCCCUCGAGAUGCCAGCACUGCUGGGAUUCCCAUCCUUCCUCUCCUGUCUCCCUCCUCUGCCCAGGAGCUCAGGGACCAAGGCAGGAAAGGCCCCGUGGGCUCCUUGAGGCUCUUUUGUAAGGUUUUUGUAGUGAUUUUUAUGCCACCUGAAUAAAGAAUGCAUGGGCCUGG